GAGAUGUUCUGUUGUCAUUCUAUAUGACUUGCUUUACAGUGGAGCCAUGGUUGAGUUUAGUAAGUGAUCGCUCCUCGGCUUCUCCAAUGGCGAAUUCGAAACCCAAACCCGGAUCCGAACCCAAAUCUCAUUCCCAGAACGUUCUAGAACUUCUCGCCGGCUUAAACCCUUCCAUUCCUCCAAUUCCUCCGGUUCGUUCUUUAGCGAUCACCACAAUCUCCGAUUCCCAAACCCUAGUUUUUAUAGGAACAGUCUCCGGUGACGUCAUUUCACUAUCCCUGAACCCUAACACCGGUCUAUCAUUCCACCUGCGGCUGAACAUCAUCGGCAAACCUGUGAGUUCGAUCCUCAUUGUUAGUCAUAUCGGAAAACUCAUUGUUCUCUCCGACGGUUUUAUUUAUUUGCUUGACUUGAAUUCACUAGAACCGGUUCGAAAAUUGAGUCUGUUGAAGAAUGUUAAUGCUGUAAGUAAGAGAUUUUUAAGUAGAAAUUACAGUAUAAACCCUAUUUCAAAUGGGGUUAAAGGAAAAGAAGAUGGUUGUUUUUUCGCGGUUGCGAUGGGGAAGAAGUUGAUGCUAGUUGAGCUGGUUUUGAGUGGUUCUCCUGUAAUUUUGAAGGAAGUUCAGGGUGAUUUUACUGACGGGAUAAUGUGUAUAUCAUGGGUAGAUGAUUCUGUUAUUGUAGGAACUAGUAGUGGUUACUAUUUGUAUUCAUAUGCAAGUGGGCUGUCUGGUGUGAUAUUCUCCUUGCCUGAUUCGUCCGUGCCGCCAAGGAUGAAGUUUUUAGCAAAAGAGUGCAAGGUGAUGUUAAUGGUGGACAAUGUGGGUGUUAUUGUGGACAGUGAAGGGCAGCCUGUGGGUGGUAGUUUAGUUUUCGGUGAAGCUUCGGAGACCAUGGGGGAAAUAGGGGCAUAUAUUGUGGUGGUAAGGAAUGGGAAGUUGGAGCUGUAUCAUAAGAAGUCGGGGAAUUGCGUUCAGCAAGUGUCGUUUCCUGGUGAAGUAGGUAGUCCUUGUGUUGUGGCUGAUGAGGAGGAUGGAAGAGGAAAGCUUGUCGCUGUAGCGGCAGGCUCAAAGAUUAUGUGUUAUCGGAAGGUGCCUUGUGAAGAACAAAUAAAAGAUCUAUUGCGAAAGAAGAACUUUAGGGAAGCAAUCUCACUGGUUGAAGAGCUUCAAAAUGAAGGUGAAAUGACAAGAGAGACGCUCUCUUUUGUCCAUGCUCAAGUGGGAUUCCUUUUACUGUUUGACCUACACUUUGAGGAAGCAGUUGAUCAUUUCUUGCUUUCUGAAAUAAUGGAGCCUUCAGAACUUUUCCCGUUUAUCACACGAGACCCAAAUCGGUGGUCAUUGCUGGUUCCGAGGAAUAGGUAUUGGGGCUUGCACCCUCCUCCCUCACUUCUCGAAAAAGUUGUGGAUGAUGGCUUAACUGGUAUUCAGAGAGCUAUCUUCCUUAAGAAAGCAGGUGUAGAGACUGCAGUUGAUGACGAGUUUCUUCUGAAUCCACCAAGCAGAGCUGGUUUAUUGGAGUCUGCAAUUAAAAACAUGACCAGAUUUUUAGAAGUAUCACGACAUAAAGAUUUGACUCCUUCAGUGAGAGAGGGAGUUGACACACUUUUAAUGUACCUCUACAGAGCUCUAAAUCGUGUUGAUGACAUGGAAAGACUUGCCUCAUCUGAGAACAGUUGCGUAGUGGAGGAGUUGGAAUCACUGCUGAGUGAAUCUGGGCAUUUGCGGACACUUGCUUUUCUGUAUGCCAGUAAAGGGAUGAGCUCAAAGUCUCUUUCAAUCUGGCGUGUCCUGGCUCGAAAUUAUUCAUCAAGCUACUUGAAAGAUUCACAUGGUGCAAAUCAUUUACAAGACACCACAAAAGACAAUUCCUCUGAUCAGCAGACUGCUGUAGCCGAGGCUUCAAGAAUUCUUGAGGCAUCAUCUGAUCAGGAGUUAGUACUGCAACAUCUCGGAUGGAUUGCAGACAUCAAUCAGGUGUUAGCUGUUCAAGUGCUCAUAUCGGAGAAAAGAACAGAUCCUCUCCCACCAGAUGAAGUAAUUGCCGCAAUUGAUCCCAGAAAAGUCGAAAUUCUUCUAAGAUAUCUCCAGUGGUUAAUUGAAGAUCAAGACUGUGAUGACACACGGUUCCAUACAACUUAUGCGCUCUUGCUUUCAAAAUCGGCACUUGAUGCUAAUGAAAAGGAACAUGCUAUACCAAAUUCUGAAGGUGUAAACCAAAAGGAGACGAGUAUGUCAGACCAUGGAAACAACUCAAUAUUUGAUACUCAUGUCAGAGAGAGAUUGCAAAUUUUUUUGCAGUCCUCUGACUUGUAUGAUCCAGAUGAGGUGCUUGACUUGGUUGAAGGAUCCGAGUUAUGGCUGGAGAAGGCUAUUCUUUACAGGAAGCUUGGUCAAGAAACAUUAGUGCUUCAAAUUCUUGCCUUGAAGCUGGAAGACUGUGAAGCUGCAGAACAAUAUUGUGCCGAGAUCGGUAGGCCAGAUGCUUACAUGCAGCUGCUUGAAAUGUAUUUGGAACCAAUUAAUGACAAAGAGCCUAUGUUUAAAGCUGCUGUGCGUUUGCUGCACAAUCAUGGAGAAAUGCUAGACCCUUUGCAGGUUUUGGAGAGAUUGUCACCAGAUAUCCCCCUUCAGCUUGCUUCAGAGACAAUAUUAAGAAUGUUGAGAGCUCGACUUCACCAUCAUCGUCAAGGCCAAAUUGUCCAUAGUCUAUCUCGUGCUUUGGAUAUUGAUGCAAGCUUAGCAAGAUUUGAGGAAAGAUCACGGCAUGUUUUGAUAAAUGAUGACAGUGUCUGUGACUCUUGCCACGCUCGACUUGGAACCAAACUGUUUGCAAUGUAUCCAGAUGAUACCAUAGUCUGUUACAAGUGUUUUCGUCGUCAAGGUGAGUCAACCUCCGUGUCAGGUCGCGAUUUUAAGAAAGAUAUGUUAUAUAAACCUGGUUGGUUAGUGACAAGGUGAUGCUACUAAGGGGCAUUGGGAUGAUCCAAACAUUGAAUGGCUUGGCAUUAGUGCUUGCUGCUUAUGUAGUUUAACUUUUAAUAUGUCCGCAGCUCAUCUCAAAAGAACUCACUACACUCCCAUAGUUGAUUAUGAUAGUUUCUCUAAUGUAUAUUUGCUUCAGUAGGAGACACAAAGGCAUGCCCUUGAUGGCUUCUUUAUCCGUGCAUAGCCAUGAGCACACGGCAUUUUGAUUUCAAAAGUAGUCAGUAAUGCACUCGUGCUCAAGAGCGAAUUGUUUUGAAUAAAACAUAGCUGGUCUGUGGGGUUAUGGUUGGUCGAUUCAGCAUCACCACUCAGUACUACAAGUUCUCUGUAAAACUCUAAUAUAGCAACUAGGCGCAAGAUAUCUGCUUACAGAGUUAUUAAUUGAUCGGCAACUUUAUAUUCUGAUGAAGAAGGUGGAAAGAUGUCAUUAUCACUGAAAUCUUGUGGGAGAAUCUGGAGCCUUGGUGUUGAUAUGUAAUGUUUAUUAUUUUUCUCCAUAGAUGUCAUGUUUACAAGAGCAGGGUUUCGUGAUCAGCUGUAGGAACAGAUGUAUAUUAUAUCAUUUUUCUUUUCAGAUAAAUGGUUUUUGUAUAUCGUCUUUUGGAAAUUGAGUAUUGCAUCUUUUUGAA